UUUGAAAGGGAACACAAGCAAAGGAAACUUGAAACUUUUUUUUUUUGUUUGUUCAUAAGUUCAAAACUCAGUCAAGUAAUAGGGUCAUUUUCCGAUUAUCCCACAUGCUUAUUGAUGACCUACCAACAACUUUUCCCCUUACUUUUAAUUUCCUUUCCACACGCUUUGGUUUUUUACAUUUGCAUGCAAAAAGGAGUCCCAUACUAGCCACCAACAAGAAAUUAACUUAUAGGUAUGCUCUAGACAGCGUUUCUCUGCCCCCCCUUAAAUGUUGCAGUUGGUGUAAUUAGCUAUCUGCUAUCCUCCAAACUACGCUCCAAAAAGAAUAAAAAAUAACGAAAAACCAGAAGGAAAACUUCAGCUUUCUUUAUAAAUCUCUAUCAGGGUUUUUUCCUAAGCUUUCAAGGUCAUGACUUUUGUUGAAGAUCAAGCUGUUGUUUUGAAAAGGAAAAACAAAAAGAUGGAUCCGACCCUCGAUUCCAAGCUGGUUUCUCAACCUGUUGAUGUAAAAAACAGGAAGAAAGAUGAUGACGACCAGGGCUCGAACAAGGCUAAAAAACGUUAUGUUUUGGUGUCGUUCAAGGAGCUGCCGGAGUACAUGAAGGACAAUGAGUUUUUACUGAAUUACUACAGGGCUAAUUGGUCUCUCAAGGAAGCUCUUUUUAGCAUCUUUCGUUGGCAUAACGAAACACUUAAUGUUUGGACGCAUUUUCUUGGGUUUGUUCUAUUUUUGGGAUUGACCAUGACCAAUUUGAUGGAAGUGCCACAAAUAGUGGAUCUCAUUACCUUCUUAACCAGGUCUUUUCCUAUUAGUGGCGACACCAAUGUUUCUCAGGAUUCUGAAGACCUUUUUCUGGGAACAGCAAAUCUCAUUGAUUUGAAGCGAAUAACGACCCCGGAAUUGGAUGUUAACCUUCCUGUGACGCCUGUUACACGGUGGCCAUUCUAUGUAUUCUUAGGCGGCUCCAUGUUCUGCCUCCUAUCAAGCAGCAUUUGCCACCUCUUUUCUUGCCAUUCGCACCAUCUAAACCUUACAUUGUUGCGAAUUGACUAUACCGGGAUCACUACCAUGAUCAUCACAUCAUUUUUCCCUCCAAUCUACUAUAUUUUUCAAUGUGAUCCAAAAUGGCACUUUGUCUACCUUGGUGGAAUCACAUCUUUAGGCUUGUUCACCAUUAUAACACUGCUAUCACCAACCUUGUCAACUAGCAAAUUUCGUGCAUUUCGGGCUUUAAUCUUUUCUUCCAUGGGGCUCUUUGGCAUUGUCCCUGGAAUCCAUGCUGCCAUUGUCAACUGGUCUAAUCCACGUCGCAACAUCACUCUGGCCUAUGAGUCUGCCAUGGCCAUAUUCUAUUUGACAGGGACCAUGUUCUAUGUUAGCCGAAUUCCAGAGAGGUUGAAGCCUGGAUGGUUUGACUUAGCAGGGCAUAGUCAUCAAAUAUUUCACAUUCUCGUAGUGAUGGGUGCAUUGGCUCAUUAUGGUGCUUCUCUUGUAUUUUUGGAGUGGCGUGACCGGAAUGGCUGUUAAAAGUUUAUGCAUCACAAGAUAUAAGGUUCUUCUCUGUCUCACCAAAAGGUGGGUUUACGUUUGUUCAAUUAAGUCAUGUAACUGUGAGUAAUAUUCAUUUAUUUUAGUUUUUUUUUUUUUUAAUCUUUUGUGAGGUUGGGGGUGUUGGGAUUUAUGUUUUAUGAUAGUUCAGGUAUUUUUCUCCCAAUGUAUAUUAAUGAUAAGAUAGCAUCGUCAUCAAGGGCCGGCUAUCAGUAAAGCAGCAAUAUGCAAAGAAUCAUACUUGAAAUAAAUUUACUUCUUUUUUUCUUGUUUCA